GGGAGCAGCGAGGGAGCGCGGCACAUCGCCCAGCCGGGAUGUGCCGGGCCAGGAUGCGGGCUCCGCCGGCCGCCUGGGCGAGCCGCCGCCGCAUCCCGCACUGACUCUGCCCCCCCGCCGCUCGCUACCUCCUCCGGGGCUCGUCAGGGAGCCGGCGGCUCCCGGGGACCGCGCAGCCCAUGGCCGGCUCCACACAGCUCCCGGCGGCGGGAAGCGGCGGCCCCGACGGCGGGUCGCUGGCGGGAAGCAGCGAGGCUUUCGGGGACCGCUCCCUCAGCCAGGGCUUGAGCGUGCUGGUGGGGCUGGCGCUCUGCGUGACCAUGCUGGGGCUGGGCUGCGCCGUGGAGCUGGGGCAGCUGGGCCAGCAGCUGCGGCGGCCCGUGGGGCUGCUGAUGGCGCUGCUGGGGCAGUUCGUGGCCAUGCCGCUGCUGGCCUUCCUCCUCGCCCUCAUCUUCGCCCUGGACGAGGUGGCGGCCGUGGCUGUACUGAUCUGCGGCUGCUGCCCUGGGGGCAACCUUUCCAACCUCAUGUCGGUGCUCGUCGACGGGGAUAUGAACCUCAGCAUUAUCAUGACGGCCUCCUCCACGCUGCUGGCCCUCUUCCUGAUGCCCCUCUGCCUCUGGAUCUACAGCCGCCACUGGAUCAACACGGCCGUGGUGCAGCUGCUGCCCCUGGGGGCAGUGAGCCUGACGCUGGGCAGCACCCUGCUGCCCAUCGGCCUGGGGGUGCUCAUCCGAUACCGGCACCCCCGCGCCGCCGACCUCCUGGUUAAGACUUCCCUGUGGUCCCUCUUGGUGACUCUGGUGAUCCUGUUCAUCCUAACUGGGACCAUGCUGGGCCCAGAUCUACUGGCACAUAUUCCUGCAUCUGUCUACGUCAUUGCAGUGCUGAUGCCUCUAGCAGGGUACGCCUUGGGAUAUGGCUUAGCCACCAUCUUUAAGAUGCCCCUACACUGCAGGAGAACAGUGUCUUUGGAAACAGGGUGCCAAAACGUCCAGCUCUGCACUGCCAUCCUAAAACUCACCUUCCCCCCGGAGCUCAUAGGGAGCAUGUACAUGUUUCCCUUGCUUUACGCGCUUUUUCAGUCGGCAGAAGCGGGACUCUUUGUGCUGGCGUACAAGAUGUAUGGGCGAGACAGCUACAAACAAGAUACCCUUGGUGAAGAGGAAGACACUGAUAUUUCCUACAAGAAACUGAAGGAAGAGGAGGUGGCCGAUACUUCGUAUGGCACAGUGACCACACUGGAGCACAACUCCAUUCAGAUGGAGCCGACACAGACGGCGCUUUAGGCGAGACCAGGAGGUGACGCUGGGGACGGGUGAUGUGUGUUGUACUUGCCAGCCGGCUGGGGCCACGCCUGCUGCUGCGCCAGCAGAGCUGCCCAGCCUCCAUCAUUUCUCCAGCUACUUCCAUUGUUCAAAGUGAUGUGCAUUGAUUACCAUGACAGUUGUAUUUCCUCAAAAAUACGGAAAAAAAUAAUAAAAAAAACAAAGGAACAAGUAUCACUGCGACGCAAACCAGUAACCGUCCAUCCUCAUGCAAGGAGGCUGCUGCCCGCCCGAGCGCAGCAGGAACAGGUUCCAGGAGGGAGAACAGCGCUUUGCAGAGGCCAAGCCCCGGGGGUGCAGCGCCAGUGCGGACCGACGGGCAAGCCACCGCGCGCGUUACCUCCGUGCCUCCCAGCCGCUAUGAAACAUUGUGCUUGUUGUUUUCACCACAAAUA